AUGGCUUGCUGCCCGACCGAAGAGAAAUAUGGCUACGAAGACUGUCGAUUUGAAAAAGAUGUCGACGAAAAUUUUCAUUGUUCUAUCUGCUACAAUGUUCUUAAAGAACCAAGGACGUGUAGGAAUAAUGAUCACAUCUUUUGUCUUGCCUGCAUCACUCAACAUCUAAAGGUGAACUCUCAAACUUGUCCUGAAUGUAAUGAGCAUUUGAGUGUCGAUACGCUUCGUCGGCCGCGUGUGGUGAAUAACAUUUUGUCUAAACUAAAGAUAAAUUGUGAUCAUGCCAGUCGGGGAUGUCCUCAGUUUACCUGUCUUGAAGAUCUCAAAACUCACGUGGUGAAUUGUGGCUAUGCACCUGUAUUGUGUUCAAAUGCAGAGUGUGGUAUGGAGAUUAACAAACAAGAUAAGGUCCAUCAUGAGACUAAAGUUUGUGAUCAUAGAAAAGUGAAAUGUCAUGACUGUGGGCAGAUACAGGAAGAUGUCGGAACAUUGAAAGGAAGUUUAAUCGAACUGGAUGGGAAAGUAGAACAAGGAAUAAAGAAAUUGGACGAAAAAGUGGAAGCAGUGAAGGAAAUGAAUAAGGACAUGAACGAAAAAGUGAAGGAAACGAACGAAAAAGUGAAGGAAAUGAACGAGAAAGUGGAAGCACUGAAGCAAAUAAACGAAAAAGUGGAAGCAUCAAGUGGACGAACAAAGAAGGAAAUCGGGGAUGUUAAGAAAGAAGUCAAAGAUAUAAAGGACAAUCUUUCCAAAGUGAACAAAGACGUGGACGAAGUCAAAGUCAUGAUGAUUCAAAUGUUGGAGAAGUUAAAUAUGCUUGAACUGCUGAACAAACUGCCAUCUCCGACUGAGGGAAUGUUGAACACACCAAGAGAGGAUAUUUUGAUUGCAGGUGGAUAUGGAGGGCGUUCAAGUAGAUCUGGCAGAAGUACGGAAAUAUAUUCCUGGGAGAAAAAUGGUUGGUUUGAGGUGUCGCCAAUGAAUGACGACCAUAGAGAAGCUUCAUCAUUUAUCUAUAAAGAUCAAUUCUUUGUUGUCGGGGGAGCAGAUAUAAGGCAAUAG